AUGUUGGCCCCUCAUACCCCUGCCCGGGCCAAAACCUCUGUUCUCCUCUCACGAACCGCGCCCAAGAUCCCCUCUGCCUCCGAACUUUACGAACCCCUUGUAAAACGUGUCCUGCGCCACCGACAGUUCAAAGUCUUCCUCCACUCCGCACUCUUCUCUUGGUUCCUCGUCACGACUUGGACAACAUGGCAGGAAGGAAAAGGAGGCUCCAUAACCGCACCGAUCCGAGUGUCCACGCUGUUGUACUCCGUGGCUGCCUUUGUCGCGGGUGCUCUGCCAGUGGUGGUGGUGAGAAAGGCACAUCUUGCUGCUUCACCCACCCCCGCAACAUCGCCGUCCAAGAUUCUGACCGGAGCCUUCAAGAAAAGUAGUACCAUACAUGCCUUCGCGGUCUACACUGCGUCCGCAAUCUUCCUCGCCACAAUACACAUCAUGAUUACAGGCGCGUACGAGCCUUCUGUCGACACUCACGCGCGGCUCUCCAUCUUCGUCAAAUCAAAAAAGCACCCUUACUACCUCAACGGACACUUGAUAUAUGUCCUCCUCUCACAAGCAUUCGUCGCGUUUGCCUGUUUGCUAAGGUCUGUUCUCCUCGACCGGUUCACCGUCCGGUGGAAUUUCGCGUCCUCGCAGGAGCAGCUCAAGACCUUUGGCCUGGCGCGCAUCCUCACGGUGACGUUCACGACACUCAUCUACACUGCCCUCGUCUCCCUCGCGUACAUUGUGGCAUUUGGCCUCGCUCGCGCCACCGUCUUGCCCGUGCUUUUCCAGCUCCCUGUGCUGUCCAACCUCCUCCGCCCAUUUGCUGCGCACUUCCUCAGGGGACAAUGGGCCCCGUUCCUGCUCACCCGACACUGGUCUCUCGUCACAAGAACCUUCUACUUGGCGCUGAGCACAGUCGGGGUAUGGGAGUUCGCGGAGACGUCAUUUGAAGCCAUCGUUGCGGAGCCCACCCACGUUGCUGCGCAGACGGCUGAUCAGGGUCUAACCCUGGUGUCGGGCAUCACCUCGACAGACCCUUACCUCAAGCACUUUGCCUUCGCCGAGCUGCGCGACCUUGCCACUGACCCUUCGGAAGCCGCGAGCGCACGCCGCACCGCGUUGUUCGGUGACCAGAAGUACACUCCGAGCCUCUGGGCGACGCUCUCCCGAGAGGCGCUCCUCACGCUCGGCCGCGACUACCAGCUCUUCCUCCGCCGCGGGCAACCCGCGCCGCCAGCCCCCGCGGCCGCGGCCCCGCCCAAGGCGUCAACCCCCCUCCCUGCGCCCGCGACGCCGCUCCUCCGCGCCUCGGUCUUCCGGGCCCCCCAGCCCUCGCCGCUGCGCGCCGCCCUCGACACCUUCGCAUCGGACGGCGCGCUGGCCGCGGCGGUCGACGAGACCGCCGGCGCCGGCGUGGCGCACGUGCCCGAGCUCUUCCGCUCCGUCGUCGCCGCACCGUCGUCGCCGCUGCCCGCGGUCGCGGCGGGCGCGAAGGAGGCCGAGCGCGCGGUCGUGGCGGCGGGGAGCGCGUGGUGGGCGCGCGUCGAGCGCGCGGUGGGCGGCGACGGGGCCGAGGCCGGGCGCGCGCGGCGGUGGUGGGCGCGCGAGCGCGUGCACAAGGUCGCGGAGGCGAGCCUGCCGGACCGGCACCUCGACGCGCUCGUCGCGGAGGUGCUGUGCCGGCUUGCGUGCGCGUCGCUCGCGGAGGACCGGUACGGGGUCGUGCAGCGCGACAUCCCGAGGAUCGUCGAGGCGCUGCUCGCGUUCCUCGGCGCGCUGGAGGAGUACCGGGCGGAGCUUGGCGCGAAGCACGCGCGGCCGGACGCGGAGGCGCUGAAGGACCUGCCGGCGCGGGAGGUGGCGGAGCGGGAGGUGCUGGCGAUGGAGGCCGCGCGUGCGAGCGAGGUCGUCGGCGUCGUCGAGGACGCGAUCAAGGAGGGCGUGGUGCAGAUCGUGCGCACGUUCGGGGAGAAGCUCGCGGCGUUCAAGUUCCCGCCGAGAACGGCGAAGAAGCUGCAGGGGUUCGUCGACUACAACUGA